AUUUUUUCUAACCAACCCAAUAGAUUGAUUCCCUGAUUAUUUAAGAGUUACGAUAUAGUGCCACAGCUCGUUUCCUAUGUAUUUUUAUUGAUCGUAUACCUUGUUUUGUCGGACAAUAAUCUACGUGUGCUCCUCCUAUAGCCUUACUCGUAUGAUAAUAUGUACAUGAUCCUUGCAUGUAUAACAUAUUAUAUUAUUCGUCCGUCCCUAGGACCGCAAUUCUCGCGUCAAUUUGCAACACUUGGUAAAAUAUCGAACAUGGAUGUUACACAACCUAAACCACAUUAUCAUUGGAUGAAAUAAAAUAAUUUUAGUUGUGUAGAAGAUUGAAGAAGCAAGAGGAUUAUUAAAUAAUAAGAUGAUGUCGGGGUAAAAGUUAAUGGAACUCCACUAUGGGUUAUAUACUUAUAUAUUUAUAUUAAUGGAAAGCAACUAUAAAUCAUUGACAAAAGUCAUACCAAUAAACAAAUAAAUAAGAGAGCAGCAUAGAUAAAUAAUAUUGCGGGACUGGGAUCCGAUUAAUUCAGGCUCGUGCGUCAAAUCUCUAUAGACUAAAUUUUUGUUGCUUAAAAAAAUGAGAAGAAAUGGUCUCUUGACCGUUUCCUAAUUGUCGUAUCCUUUUUUAGAAAAAGUUUUGAAGCUCAUCAUCAACAAUGGAAGCUUUAACUCUUGUUCUUCUUCCUUUUCUCUUCCUCGUGGUUUGGAUACUCUCUACUGGAAAAUCUCUUUGUGUACGUAACUCUAUAACGCCGAAAACAUACCCGGUUAUCGGAUGCUUACUUUCCUUCUAUACGAACCGGAACCGGUUGCUGGACUGGUAUACCGAGCUCCUAACCGAAUCCCGAAGUGGGACAGUGAUCAUUAACCGCUUGGCUGCCCGGAGAACCGUGGUGACGGCCAACCCAUCCAACGUCGAGUAUAUCCUCAAGACAAACUUUGAUAACUACCCGAAAGGCAAACCCUUCACGGAGAUUCUUGGAGACUUUCUCGGCGGCGGGAUAUUUAACGUGGACGGAAAGCUCUGGGUAAAGCAGCGGAGACUCGCUACUCAUGAUUUCACCCCCAGGUCGCUGAGAGAGUACGUUGACGUUUUGAGGAACGAGGUCGAGGACGAGCUUUUGUCCUUCUUGGACGCUGCCGCCCAAGAUUAUCAACCCUUCGAUCUCCAAGAGCUUCUCCGGAGAUUCACUUUCAAUAUUGUGUGCAUUGUUUUCCUCGGGAUCGAUCGUUGCAGUUUAAACCCGUCUUCACCCGUUUCUGAGUUCGAUCGAGCGUUUCAGACUGCGGCUGCCGUUAGCGCUGGACGUGGUUCCGCACCGCUCUCUUUCGUGUGGAAGCUCAAGAGACUGGUCGGUUUUGGAUCUGAGAAAGACCUCAGACACGCUGUCCAAAAAGUUCAUAGCUGCGUCAAUGAGAUCAUUCGAGACAAGAAGAUCAAUACCAAGAGCGAUUUUCUGUCGCGGUUGAUCGUCGCGGGAGAAAGCGACGAGGCUGUGAGAGAUAUGGUAAUUAGUGUUGUAAUGGCCGGGAGGGACACGACCUCGGCGGUCACCACGCGCUUGUUUUCGUUAAUCUCCAGUCACAAGACAACCGAGUGUGAGCUAGUUAAUGAAAUCAGAUCGGUUAAGGACAUAACCGGGGGCUUCGAUUACGAAUCACUCAAGAAACUGAGUCUGUUGAAAGCGUGCUUGUGUGAAGUGAUGCGAUUGUAUCCUCCGGUGCCUUGGGAUUCCAAACACGCCCUAACCGAUGACCGUUUACCAGACGGUACCCCUGUGCGUGCGGGAGACCGGGUUACGUAUUUUCCAUAUGGGAUGGGGAGAAUGGAGGAGCUUUGGGGGAAAGAUUUGGAUGAGUUUAAACCAAACCGAUGGUUUGAGUCUUAUGAUCAUAAGACCAGAGUUUUGAAGAAAGUGAACCCUUUCAAGUUUCCGGUUUUUCAAGCCGGUCCGAGGGUUUGUCUCGGGGAAGAGAUGGCGUACCUGCAGAUGAAGUACGUUGUGGCUUCCAUGCUUCACCGUUUUCAGUUUGAACCGAUCGGUAUGGACAAACCGGUUUUUGUGCCAAUGCUCACGGCUCACAUGGCUGGUGGGAUGCGAGUCCGCGUUAGCCGGAGAGAUGGAUCUCGAUGAAGAGAACCAGAUUUGCAUUUUCUGUCAAAAUGGUUACUAACAGUCCGAAGAAAGUCAAUGAUCACUAUGGUUCUUUUGAAUGUACGUAAAAUGUUUCCAUGAUCGUAUUAUUUCCUUUCUUCUUUGGGUAAACCAACCCCACAUUUUAAUUUUUGAGAUUUCAAUAAACAUCAGUAAAAAACUAUUACUAUAAUAUUAUUGUCUGGAAAAUAAAUUUAGUUGAGAAGAAAUUAAGCACUUAUUACAUCUUUAUUUUUCUUAUGAAGUCAUACGUAUAUUAAAAGCAACGUGAGAGUACAUUCGUUAGUAUUUUUAUAUCUCAAUUAAUAAUACAAUACUAUUACACAUUAAUAUUGAUAUUAAAUACUAGAUCCAAUCAAUUCUUUUUAAUAUUUAAAUUUUAUACCGUUUGGAUUGUCAAUUUGGAGUAAAACAAUCAACAAAACAAAAUAAGUGAUAUUAAAUUUCUGAAAAAGUGCUGGAAAAAUUAGAACAAAGUAAAUAUGCACUUUACAAAAAGAAGGCAAGAUAUUAAUAUUUUUAAUGAUGCACCCGCAGUUAGCACAUACCAAAAGUUAAGUAUCCAUAGCUGAUGUUUGAUGGAAAUAACUGACAAAAUAACCUAAAAGAAAGAGAAGCUGAACAGCCAUAUUAACUGACUUGCAUAGUGAAAAUAAGGAACUCCUUAGUGAUUGUUGGCUUCUGGACCAAAAGUAACGUAUAACUGAAAGCAAAUUUUCAGUGAGUGUAUUAGUAUUUUGAUGGGGCGACUUUCUUUCUUUCUCAGCAUUUCAAUCUACUUCUCUGUUGCAGGCUUUGGUGAAUUCCAACCGUGAAAACGACCCUUCUCCAUGUCUUUUUUCUCUUCAACAUGGUACUGGAAAGUCCCUUAGGAUCGGGGAAUGAUACCUCCACCAGCCAGAGCCGGCCCUUGGGCCAAGCCAAUGAAGCCCAUGCUUCCGGCCGACAAAUUUAACAAGAUAUUUUGGCCACAAAAUUACUAAAAACGUCUUUAGUCUAGUGGUAUAGCGCAGAGAUAAUAGACUUCUUUGCAUCAUCCCGGGUUCGAAUAUCCUGUAGUAUGUAUUUUUUUAUUUUUUUGUUUUGAUAAGUGGCCACACUCUUUUUUUUUUGCUUCUACCCUUCUAAAACUUAGGACCGGCUCUGCCACCAGCACAUCAUAACACGCUAGCUCGUUGGCGGGAUUGCUCCCCCAUAGCUUAAUCAUGUGUUCUAGGUGGAUGGUAGGAGGGGAUAUAUGUGCUGAGGCCAAAACUCUAUGGAAAGCUGCAUGGGCCAUUAAUUGUCUAACCCUGACAUGGCAAUCAGAGAAAGAAAUGAACCGGUUUACGAGCUUUGUUUUUUCUUGAAACAGACACACACAACAAUGCCAUGCCUUCUUGAUUAUUAAUUGGGUCUAACCCCGAUAUGAAUGCAAUUAGUUUUCUCUUUGCAUACCACAAAACACAUUUAGAUUAUGCGACUGAAAUCAAUUUGAAAGAAUUUUUAUUUUGAAAUAAUAUUUACUAUGUUUUAACAAGAUGUAUGCUUUGGUGUUUUUAUAUAUAUUAAACAAAUUAUAAUAAAUUUUGAUUAUAAAUACAUUAUUUAUCAACUAUUUUCAGAAAACCUAAGCUAAUAAAAGUUUGAUAAACACACUUUUUUAUUAAAAUUUACUGUUUACCAUAUAUUUCAUAAUAAUAAAAGUGCACAGAAAAUAUACAAAAUAAAUAUGUUUGAAACAAUUUUUUUUUCUCUAAAACACUGAUUUUCAGAAAGAAUAACAUUUUAGUUUUUAAUACAUAUUUAGGUAAUUUUUUUUUUUGCUAAAUUAUAAUUUUACGUAAAGUUUCACUAAAUAGCUUUCUUUCUUUUAUCCCAUCAAACUGAACUGACUCAUAUGAAAAAAAAUCCACAGAAGGAAAAAUCAAAA